AUGACUGCUAAUGAUGUACAUUACGAAGAACAUAUAGCACAAAAUGGCUGGUCUUCUUUACCAUUAGACCCAAGUCAAUUAUGGGGUGGCAAACCAUUCAGAAACAUCCCUGGACCCAUUCUCGUGGAUGACAUCAAGUUUCCUGAGGACCCCAUUGCUGUCGAAGUUCAAAAGUAUGCAAAGGAAAUGCUACCUAUGCAAACUUUCAAUCACUCUAUGAGGGUAUUCUAUUUUGCAUCUGCUAUUGUCAUGCAGCAGUUUCCAAAAGAGUCGGAGACUUUCAACUUUUCAACUCUUGCUUUAGCUUCUCUUUUACACGACAUCGGCACAACUGAUGACAAUCUAUCUAGUACUCACAUGUCGUUUGAGUUUUACGGGGGUUACAAAGCUCUUAGUCUCCUCUUAGCACUCGGCGCAUCAAAGGACCAGGCUGAAGCAGUUGCUGAGACAAUUAUCCGGCACCAGGACCUUGGCACUGCGGGUAAUAUUACUUUCUUAGGCCAAGUCAUACAAUUGGCUACAAUUUACGACAACGUCAGCGACCACCCAUAUCUAAAGAAUAUUACGGAGCUUAUCCAUAUCGACACGCUUCAAGAUGUUAUUCGAGCAUUCCCUCGCCAGCAUUGGCUUGGAUGCUUUGCGGGAACGAUUGAGCGCGAAGAAUCGCUUAAGCCAUGGUGUCACAGCACUCAUAUACCCGAUUUCGCUCAGGCAGUCCUCAACAACACCUUUAUGCAGCCAUAUGAGUGAUAAAAGCCUCUCUUCAUGUCACCACAAUGAGAGAGCCCAACCGAUCAUCAGCUACUGUAUGCUCAUCAGUUUCGCCAUGCAUCAAAAGACAUCUGAAUUGUGGCUGAGAAGAAAUUCCGGUGCAUAUUAAUAGUAUUCAAAUCAUUAUGUUUAUUAACCCAACUAAAGCAUUUUUAAAUAGUGACAAUUUUGU